AAUACUGAGGACAAAAAACAUUGUGAUGCGCACAUUCGUAAAAAUCGCAUAUUUAAAUUGUUUGAAGGGUAAACAGAGCUAGGAAUGGAUUACUAUAUGACUCAACCAAUUAAAUCUUUGUUUUAAAAUGUAAGGUUACGAACAACAACAGAAACAAUUAAGGUCACAGAAAGCCCUGCUGCUACAAGAUCCACUGAUCCAGGACUUGGAGAAAUCCCAAAUCCGCGGUAUUCUACUGUACAAUAUAUGUUAACAAUAAGUAAAAGCUAAACGCUUUCAGUAUGCUGCCAUUUUCUGUACUUUAUAUUAUAGAUGCAUAUCAUAACUGUGGAAAAAGUAUCAUAUUGUAAAGUUGAAUCUACACUUUCUGUUUAAAAUAUGUGUUAGACUUUCUGUUGACCAAAAUAUCCACAUCAUCACUUUGGGUCACCUUGUUGUUCUGGUGGCCUUGCUCAUGUGGUUUAUUCAAAGAUGCAGUAAGUCUUGUUCUCUUCUUUCACUUAUUUGCUGUAUCAGUUUGGCACCGUGUUGUGUUUCAGUUAUUCAUUGCUUUAUGUAGUAUAAUUGAAUGUUUUCACAGUAAAUAAGUGACAAUUUUUUUUCUCCUAAUCAGAGAACACCAAAGAGAAUUUAACUGACACCUCUGUUGUAAUUGUCUGUUGUGAAAUAUAUUGUGUGACUAAAAAUCGAAGAAAAAGAAAAUGCUAAAAAAUAGGCAUUGCUCUUGUUUAGUCUGUGUCCCUCUGACAAACUAAACAAGAGCAUAAACUGAGGGUAGCUUAAAUAGCCAUAAUAAUGAAUAUGUAAAUCACAUUUUAAACAAACAUCAAAAACAAGGAAGUAGUGAGUCAGUGUUACUGAACCAGUUGCUGUUCGCACAUCGAUAUGGCUGUUUCUCUGAGUUUUCUUCUUAUUCUACCUCUGAUAACAGGAAGUGAAAAUGUGAAGACAAUCACUAAGGUGUCAGUGAAGAUGGGAGCUACAGUCAGUAUCCCCUGUUCUUAUGAUUUAAAAUACAAAGAUCAUAUGAAAUAUCUAUGCAAAGGAUUUUAUUGGAAUUCCUGCUCAUAUGAAAUUACAACAGACUCACCACGAGAAACAGGAAAGUAUUCAAUCUCUGAUGACAAAACUCAAAGAAUUUUCACUGUUACCAUAAAACAGUUAACAGCUGACAGUUAUUACUGGUGUAUUGUGGAUAUCAAAAACGGAGGUGAUGACGGGCAGCACUUUCAUCUGUCAGUCACCAAAGGUACACCCAUCCUCUGGGUGGCAGACCAGAAUGUGACUGGAUAUAUUGGCGACAACAUAAACAUAAACUUUAACUACCCUCCCUCUGGAGGAAUAAAGUGGUGUAAGCUGGGCAGAACAUGUGUGACACAGGAAACUGGAGAAAUAGAUGGAACAGCAGUAACCAUCAACAAGGUUGUAGACAAUGUAUUCAGUGUAACUAUGAGUGGACUGAAGCAAGAGGACAGUGGUUGGUAUUACUGUGUCAAAGGAGAUUUUCAGAUGCCAGUUCACCUGACUGUGACUGUCAAACCCACUGUUGUAGAUUUGCAAACAACAACAGAAACAAUUAAGGUCACAGAAAGCCCUGCUGCUACAAGAUCCACUGAUCCAGGACUUGGAGAAAUCCCAAAGCCGCGAUCUUCUGUUGACCAAAAUAUCCACAUCAUCACUCUGAGUCUGCUGAGCCUAGUUGUUCUGGUGGCCUUGCUCAUGUGGUUUAUUCAAAGAUGCAAGAACACCAAAGAGGAUUUAACUGACCCCAAAUCAAAUAAAUGGGAAAUAGUUUUCACUGCUGUUAGUUUCAAAUUAAAAAGCACACCACAGAGUGAAGCAAAUGAGGAAUAUGUCACAUACAGCACACACAUCGAUAUGGCUGUUUCUCUGAGUUUUCUUCUUAUUCUACCUCUGAUAACAGGAAGUGAAAAUGUGAAGACAAUCACUAAGGUGUCAGUGAAGAUGGGAGCUACAGUCAGUAUCCCCUGUUCUUAUGAUUUAAAAUACAAAGAUCAUAUGAAAUAUCUAUGCAAAGGAUUUUAUUGGAAUUCCUGCUCAUAUGAAAUUACAACAGACUCACCACGAGAAACAGGAAAGUAUUCAAUCUCUGAUGACGAAACUCAAAGAAUUUUCACUGUUACCAUAAAACAGUUAACAGCUGACAGUUAUUACUGGUGUAUUGUGGAUAUCAAAAACGGAGGUGAUGACGGGCAGCACUUUCAUCUGUCAGUCACCAAAGGUACACCCAUCCUCUGGGUGGCAGACCAGAAUGUGACUGGAUAUAUUGGCGACAACAUAAACAUAAACUUUAACUACCCUCCCUCUGGAGGAAUAAAGUGGUGUAAGCUGGGCAGAACAUGUGUGACACAGGAAACUGGAGAAAUAGAUGGAACAGCAGUAACCAUCAACAAGGUUGUAGACAAUGUAUUCAGUGUAACUAUGAGUGGACUGAAGCAAGAGGACAGUGGUUGGUAUUACUGUGUCAAAGGAGAUUUUCAGAUGCCAGUUCACCUGACUGUGACUGUCAAACCCACUGCUGCAACAACUACUGUAGCUGCAACAACUACUGUCACAGGACCAAGAGACAAUACAACAACAGGUCAUAAGGAAAACAGCUCUUUUCCUUCUAUGAUGAGCUUCGCCAUUCCUCUGAGUGUGCUGAUCUUCAUUGUUAUUGCUGCCUUAUCAAUCCUGUUUGUACUAAGAAGAACCAAACGUGUCAGAAUUAAGGAUUCAACAGCGUCAAAAAAUGAAGGGGAUUUAACAUAUUCAGAAGUCUCUUUCAAGAAAAACAAGGCAGCCCAGGCUGCAAGUGAUGCUGACAUGACCUACAGCUCUGUUGUUCCUGUCAAGAAACAGAAUGUGAGAAUGAGUGAAGGAAAAGUUGAGGAUGUUACAUACAGCACAAUCAUUCAUCACAAGUAAAAGGUUUAAAUCUAUCAAAACUGUUUUUUUUUCUUUUUCUUGUGACUAAGCGCUACCCGAUAUUGUCUGUCUCCACAAGUGUGAAACAAUGACUCAUUGUCUUAGAAAACCUCUGACCUUGUUUUUUUUGUUUGUUUUUUUUACAUUGGGUAUACAUGUAUAUGUGCUUAUACUCAAGGGGUGAAUAGCAAGUUUAGCUUUUUAUCAUACUAGGCAUCUUUUGUUGCUUCUAAGUAUGAUCUUGUUGAGGACAGAAUGGGUUUAUAACAACCCAUUCUCAAAAAAUGGAGAAAUAUGAGAAUAUUGUCAAUAUUUCAAUUUACUUUUACACAAGAAGUUAAAUUAGUAAAUACCAUCGUUAUUAUCUAUAAUCAUUUAGUAGGAUGAUUUGCAUGAGCUGUUGCUAAGUUAUGAUCUAUGUAAAUCUGAAAUAAUCAAGACUGAAUCGCUUUACUAAAAUGUUUCUUCUGACUGGCAGUAAUAUAGAACUAUAGAUUAUACCAUGAUGAGGUGCAUUGCUGUUACAGCUCUGCCCUAUGCCUAACUGAACUAAAGAGCUACCUUAACGUUUUUGUUUUUAGUUUGUUUUGUUUUUCUGUCAUUUUUGGACCACAUUUGAUCAUUACUUUCUUUAAAAUAAUAUUAUAAUAUAUUAAAAAAUGUUGGGUGGGUCUAUGAAAUUAUUAUUUUUUUAUAGGUAUAUAUAAAUGACUACAAAUAUGUCCCUAUUCAAAUCAUAUAGCUGAACAUUGUUUACCGUAGUUCUUAAUCUGGCCGAUAAGUUUGAUAAUAGUAACUUUUUAAAAAUUUGUAACAAAAUAAAGUUAAUCUGGUGAA